AUGGCCAAUUCUAUGCCUGGACAUUGUAAAACCACACUUGCAAGAAAAAUCUAUAAUGAUCCUAAGAUUCCAUAUGAGUUUUUUAGUUGCAUUUGGGUUUUCGUCGGACAGUCAUAUAUAAAAGGGGACAUCUUUAUUAGUAUUUUGAAAGGGUUCACGAAAUGCAUUGAAGAGUUCCAAGAUAAAAAUGAGACAGAGAUAGCUGAGGAAAUAUGUUAUCGUGUGGCUAACGGAGGUAGCGAAAUUAAGGAGAUAGCAGUGUGUUAUUUGAAUGACUUUGCAAAUAGAAAUUUAAUGAUGGUAAUUGCGAAGAGAAAGUUACAACCAGGGAAGAUGUUCUUGCAAAGGCUAGUAAUCUCAAAAAAUUUGAGUAUUAAAGGGAAUAUGGCAACUUUUCUUGAAACUAGCAAGGGUGAAUUCAGUAAUUUUCGAGUGCUAGAGUGUCUGGAAAGUUUGACACUACUGAAUGAUGAUACGAAUAAAGCUCUUCACCUUCCUUUAGCAUUCUUUGUAUAUCUACCCAAACUGAAGAAGUUAACUCUAUCAAAAACAAGAUUUGAGUGGAAUGAGCUGAAUAGGUUGGGGCAGCUGGAAUGUCUAGAGGUCCUAAAGUUGGAAGAAAAUGCAUUCACCGGGAAUUCUUAG